CUCAGUGCGUUGCUAACGUUUCGCGUCUACCCUUUUCUCGAGCGACAAGAGCGUGUCGGAAUUUAAGUAAAUACAGCUCGCAGUCGCCUGCAGCAAAAACUCCAACAAACGAAGGAGAAAAUUUGCAGGCCAAACAGGGCAUUGUAGUUGUAAAAACUCUAAAAUUGAAUUUGGAACAUACUUUUCGAACUCUGAUUUUUGACUCGGAGAAGAGAAAUCAUAGAGAUGAAAGGUCCCAAACGAAAACUUGAAGUAUUAUUCAACUGAUGUUUAGCAAGAAGAGCUCCCAGGACACAACACGCUAGAUCAAAUCACUGUUAAUUACCAUGAAUCAUCGAGUAUUUGUAGCAAGUCUGAUGAUAUCCGCAGUUCUACCAUUCGCGACGGCAACUUUGACUUUCACAGUCCAACCUGCCGAUGCUGUUGUUGUAGUUGGACAGUCCCUAAUGCUUAACUGUCAAGCGACAGACAGCACUGGUACGCCAGUUACCAUUAACUGGAAGAAGGGCUCUGAUUGGCUGGUGGACCCAACAAACAAGCCAUGGCGUCAACUGCGUAAUAACUCACUCUACUACACUAGCAUUGCGGCUCAGGAUGUUGGCGAAUUUUUGUGUGGAGCAGUGUCUGGUGGGAGUGCUAUAAUAUACAGCAGAACAGUAACAGUGGAGCUAGCUUCUAUAAGCUCUAUAUUUGUAUCAAACCCCAACAACAGGACAAAAAGAGUUGGAGAUGCUGAUACACAUUUUGCCUGUGUGACUGGGAUAAGCAAGCCAUUUGCUUCAGUUUAUUGGGAAAAAGAUGGAGUAAAACUGACGGAAUAUCCGACAACCUCAAUGCUGAUUCCUACUGAUAACCCAUCAUGGACUUCAGCGAGUAUUUCAGUGCGGAACAUAACACUGAAGAGUGCAGGUUUCUACCGGUGUGUGGCCGUGAAUCCAAUGCUGCCCAACCUGCCUCAAAUAAGUCAACCUGCUUACCUUCAAGUUUUACCUGCUAUAGAUGCACCACAUUUCCAAGUUCAUCCAUCUAGCACCACCAUCGCUGAACACCAGUCGGCAGCUCUUCAGUGCCAUAUACUUGGUGUACCAACACCCAGUGUUACCUGGGAAUUCAAUAGCAAUGGACUGCUGGACAGUCCUGAUCGAUACCAACUGAGUAAUGGGUCUUUGUAUUUCAAGUCGGCUAACAGAACAAUGGCUGGGGUCUAUAAGUGCACCGGUACUAACAGUGUUGGCUCAGUUUCAAGUUCACCUGUAUUUGUGGGUGUUGCAUAUUUUGACUUUGUGUUUCACAAGCACCCCUCGAGCCAAAAUGUGACGGAGGGUGCCCCUGUAAGUCUCGAGUGUGACCCCCCUAACAGCUACCCAAUUGGGGUUACGAUCACUUGGUUCAGGAAUUACCAGGCAGUCCAGUUAGGUUCUGGUAUUACUGUUAGCAGCUCUGGUACACUAACAUUUGCGGCAGCUAAAAAGGCGGAUGAGGGGGAGUAUUUCUGCAGUGGUGUCAACUCAUACCUUAAGGCUUCACGUUCAUCCAGUAUCGCCCAACUCACAGUUUGGGUCCGACCAACAUUCUCUACGAAGCCACAAAACACAACCGUCAUUGAACAUCAGUCCCUUCUACUAAUCUGCGCAGCCACAGGCUACCCAAUGCCAAGUGUAUUAUGGCUCAAAGACAACCAGGCUGUGGAUACAAAUCACGUGACCUUGCAUAGUAACGGGAGCCUGUCAAUCACACGCGUUCUCUUUAGUGACAGGGGGAGUUACUCUUGCGUGGCUACUAACGUUGCUGGAAGCGCAUCUUCAGUCGCUACACUAACUGUUCAAGUUCCGCCCACCGUUUCCGGACGUCCCACCAACGCCACACGUAUAGUGGGGGAGUCCCACACUGUCACGUGCCAAUUCCAGGGCUCUCCCGCACCCCUAGUCACGUGGUUCUUCAAGAAUGAUACCGCUGACAAGACAGUGCCAAGUACGCUCAACUACGUCAUCAACGGAGGGAUCCUCACCAUCAAGGCCGUGACGAAAUCAGACGAAGGGACGUUUGUUUGUAAGGGAACUAACCCUGCUGGUGCUGCCGAAGCCUCGGCGUAUCUGUACGUCAAGGUUCCCGUGUCCUUGGACGCUGGUCCAGUCAAUGUCACAGUCAACGAAACAUCAACAGCCUCGUUUGAGUGCCAAGCAUCCGGGGACCCAACACCAACUGUCACGUGGUACAGAGGGCAGACAGCCCUUACUCAUGGUGGCCGUUAUGUGAUUGGUCAAGGCACGUUGACUAUUCUGCGAAGCAACCCAUCUGACACUGGGGAAUACCGCUGUAACGUGACUAACGGACUGGCGACUCACGUUGGCGUGGCGCACCUGUUUGUUCAAGUCCCUGCAGCCAUCACGUCUCUCACCGCCCCACGAUUCGCCCAACUUAACGGCAGCACGACCCUAAUCUGCUUGACCAGCGGUAUACCCUCACCAAGGAUCACGUGGUAUCGAGAUGGACGUGUCGUCACUCCUGAUGGAUCACGUGUCACUAUCAAUGGAGGCUCGCUAAGCAUUGCGAGGGUCACUAGGUCUGAUGGUGGUACCUACGCAUGCGCCGCGAGUAACGCUGCCGGGAUGACGUCACGUGCGGCAAACCUGACAAUACAAGUUCCUCCAGGCCCACCCACUGAUGUCUCCGCCCUCCCUCUGACUUCAACGUCAAUCAAGUUGUCAUGGAAACCAGCAUUCAAUGGUCACUCCCCAGUCACGAGCUACACAAUCGAGCAAAGGGUCGGCGACCGUUACCAGGAGAUUGCGUCUGGUGUUACCAUGACGGCCUAUACCGUGUCCGGACUAUCUCCGUAUGUCGAGUAUACUUUUCGAUUGCGUGCUAUGAAUGCUAUAGGACUUGGCGAGGGUGGCCUGGUAUCCAACACGACGAUGGAGGAUGCGCCCUCGGAACCGAGAAACGUGGCCGUGACGUCACUCAACUCCACAACAAUCACUGUCACGUGGUCAGCACCAGCCACGCCCAACGGUAUAAUCACGUGGUACGGGAUAACUUACAUGGUCAAAGGCGGAAGCAGCUCCUCUCAACAGUUUCCGGUCAGCGGUCUACCCCAGCUCAGAGCAGUGAUAAGCAACUUAUUGCCUCACAGGCUGUAUGUUGUACGCGUUCGCGCAGCAACCGGAAGUGGGGCGAAAAUGUGGGGGAACUUUUCUUCUGAAGCUGAAGGAAUGACCGGGGAAGAUACCCCUAGUGCUCCACCCCAGGCCGUCCGUGUCCGCGCUUCGAACGCCACCGCAAUACACGUCACGUGGCAGGCUGUACCUGCUUCAUCUACAAACGGAAUCGUACGAGGGUACCAAAUCCUGUACCAAGCAGUAGGCCCGUUCCAUUAUGGCAGCCCUAUGACUAUGACGUCACUCACCAUGAAUGCUUCCCUAGACGGUCUGCACCCCUGGACUGAUUACCAAGUCUCGGUCCAGGCCUUCACUGUGGGCGCUGGCCCUGCGAGUCCUGGGAUUAUUGUGCGCACGCAUGAAUCCGUUCCUUCAGGUCCACCUCUGAACGUUACCCUAGUAACAGCUGACGCAAACUCGAUCAAUGUUUCCAUGGCAACUCCUGCCCCUAAAAUGCGCAACGGCAACAUUACAGGAUUUAGAGUAUAUUACAAUGAAUCCAAUUCCUCGGGCCCAUUCUUUACUGUGACAACGGACAGCAUGGAAACGAGGCUUGUUAACUUGACAACCUACAUGGAGUACGCUGUGAGCGUGGCUGCCAUGACAACGUCUGGUGAGGGUGUCCGUAGCCAGGCGAUGACAGUACGGACAGGAGAGGGAGUACCUGGCGAGGUGCGUGACGUCACGCUAGAAGACAAAACCCACGUAAGCGUGAAAGUCACAUGGAACCCGCCCCAGCCCUCUACCGGGAUCAUACAGGAAUACCGAAUCGUCUACAACACGUCCGAAGGAGGCUUGAAGUCAAAAACUACCUCCGACACCUCUGUCGUACUCACCAAUAUGGUCCCUAACACAACGUACGCUUUAUGGGUCGUGGCGAAAACAAGUGCUGGAUAUGGUCCCCGCGGAAAUACGCUAUAUCUUACCACAGGCCUUCCUCCUGUUCCAAGUACCAGUGCCCCUCAUGCGCCCACCACAGCCACCCCGAAUGCCACCAAGUCGCCAGCGGUCGGUUCAGGCCCCUCGUCAAGUCGACUGCUAAGUGAAAGGGACUUGAUAAUCGUCGUCUCGUGUAUCGGCGUGAUCGUUAUUCUUCUCAUCCUGCUCGCAGUAUACUUCAUCGUCAUCAGGCCUAGGAACUCGUACAAAGGACAGAUGUCAGGAACUGAACGGAAGCGGCGCCAGGGAGCCAUCGACAUGGAAAACUUGCGCGGGGUAUCACCCGAUAAGCGACCUGUUCUUGACGUUCACGAAGAGACUACGAGUAAUAACGACGACUCGUUCGACGACGGUUCGGAAUGGGCGAGUACCAUCACCGGAAUGCCUUCGGAACCUGCUUCAGAGCCGAUUGCAGUCGUGCUACCGACGAACGCAACCCCUCACCUGCAGCCUAGAGUCACGCAACUAGCGUCACGCCAACCUUCUGAGACACUUCCUGUCAACUCGAGGAAUGAGUAUGCCGGAGAAACCACAGGGGGUGACCACUCUCCACUGACUGCGCUCAGGAAUAAGAAGCUCUCUAUGGAUUCUCUCGAGGGCAGCGUGUAUGACCAGCCUUACACAAGCGUGGACGAGUUGGGGCCUGGGUUCUCAAGCUUCACUCCGCCCCCUCCUCCUGACUUUCGGUCGGAUCCAGAUUUCGGGUACGCGCCACUGAAUGACGACACGUCACCCGACAGGUCUUUCACAAAUCAGCUCUACAACGCCAUGAACGAUGACCAACCAAACGAAACCCUCUCUGAUCAAGGCUUCUCUGAAGUAAGCUCGCCGGAAGUAAGGUCACCGGAACCGGAAGAGACUCAGCCAGAACCGGAAAUUAUCAUUCCUGCCCCAGAUUUCGAAGGAUUUGCUAAUGAUGGGUACGACACUGACGAAGAACUUGAUAAAUAUCUGGGAGAGAAUGAGGCACCGGCAAAAAACCCUGUAUCCGAGGUCCCUAUUAUCCCAAAGACAAAAACCCGGGUAAGCCCGACAGAGCUGUUUAGGGGCCUGGAAGCUAACUGCCCUCCUGAUCCGCCUCGCACCAGUCCCCCUAAGAUUCCCCCGGCCUAUCCGCCCCGAAGCUCAAGUACGAGUCUCAGCUCCAGGUCUUCGCCGCGUGACUCGGUCAAGGUAUCAGCCACGGGAUCACCUGUGCCACCUGCGGGAUCGCCCGCACCAUCUGCGGGAUUGCCCGCUUCUGAUGUGAUAUACGCGCAAGUAGACAAGUCAAAAAAGAAGAGAAAGUCAACGUCAUCGGAACCUGGACACGUAGUUUAUGACGAGAGGACUAAUUUCUGAUCCUGAGUUUUAGUUUUGUGUGUGUGUAAAAUAGCGUAUGUGACGUGCUGAGAUGGGGGCUCUAACUAGGACACAUAGCAACGCACCUAAUUGUUUUAUUCUCACUGGAACAUAAAGGCAAGAGAGCGCAACUGCUUAAUUUUCUUGCGGUGUUUGGUCGAUUCUCACUUGUUUUGCCCUAUUCGAUGACGCUAUACUUCAGCGCGCGCUACCACCUUUCCGAUUGCACUGAUAAACCUCGUGCACUGCCGCUGUCGCAGACAGCCCAGCCUUAGUGACGCUAGGCCUAAGAUUCGGCAACUCCAGAAGCUCCUUUCCCUGAGAUCAUCAGUGCUGUAACACUCUAUAAUCGCAGUUUUUUUUUAGAAACCGCAAAUACAAGCGCAGAAUUUUAAAUAUUCACUAACCAUUUUAGCGGGUGAAAUUAACAUCCUAAAACAUAGGAUCUUUUUAUCGCGCGUUUGUAGCUAGGUUUUUAUAUGCCUUACGUCGGGUUUUAGACCCAUAACUACGCAACAACCAAUAGAAAAAGAGUGUAAAUAUUUUAAUAAAAAUUUUGAACCCUUUUAA